UUCCUUUACUCCCUUCUAGCAGCACUACUUACGUAGUCCGUCCAUUUUCUGCCCUAAUUCCUGCCCCCAACAUACACAAAAUGUGUAGUAUUUGUGUGCUCAAUAUAUUUAUCCAUCCAUCCCCUUUUUGCUUGCAAAGCACAAAUCCCUUUUUCACAUUCAACGUCCACCAGAAGCAGCAGCAUAAAGUAACACACCAACAGUUUAUACUUUUUGUUUCUCUUUUUCGAUCACUCUGCUAA